CGUCCGUAACAAAUCCAGGAGUCAACCCAAGGACACCUUUGGAAGAAUUCGACCCACCGAUUCGUCGUCCCCGCGUACAAGGACUUUUGUCUAAUCAGCUCCUCCCCGCUUCAGCCGUUCUCUUUGUCGAAAUCGUUGUUUACGUGCUUUCUUCGACCGCCGAAGUUCGUAUUCGACGCAUACGGCCUCCUCUCGAUUCUGUUGAAGGGCAUUUCUUCUCUUUUUGCUUUUGUUAGGACGUGAUAUACGACAAGGCCACGAUGCAGACGAUCAAGUGUGUUGUUGUUGGUGAUGGUGCGGUUGGAAAGACCUGUCUUCUCAUCUCCUACACCACCAACAAAUUCCCCUCCGAGUACGUCCCCACAGUCUUCGACAACUACGCCGUAACAGUAAUGAUCGGCGACGAACCCUACACUCUCGGCCUCUUCGACACCGCUGGCCAAGAAGACUACGACCGCCUCCGUCCCCUCUCCUACCCUCAAACCGACGUCUUCCUCGUCUGCUUCUCCGUAACCUCCCCCGCCUCCUUCGAGAACGUGAAGGAGAAGUGGUUUCCGGAGGUGCAUCAUCAUUGUCCCGGAGUACCGUGUUUGAUUGUGGGUACGCAGGUGGAUUUGAGGGAUGAAGCGGGGAUUGUGGAGAAGUUGGCUAGGCAGAGGAUGAGGCCUGUGGCGUUUGAGAUGGGGGAGAGGUUGGCGAGGGAGUUGGGGGCGGUCAAGUAUGUGGAGUGUUCGGCGUUGACGCAGAAGGGGUUGAAGAAUGUUUUUGAUGAGGCGAUUGUUGCAGCGCUGGAACCUCCCGUCACGAAGAAGAAGUCAAAGUGUGUCGUUCUCUAAACCUAUCACGGCACGGCAUACAAUCGGAAGGAAGGAAGACGGAGGAAAUCGGGAUCUCUAUCUCUAUACAGGAGCG